CGUUCGCAAUUUUGAUGCAACCAGCUUUUUAAAAAAUAUUUGCAAAAAAUUUACGGUUUUAGUGAUUUAUCACGUAUUUGGUGAGAGAUAUAUAUUUUAAUAUAUGCAGUGAAUUUUAUGAAGUGUCAGAGCACUGUUAUACGUAACAUUUUGAAUCAACCAGAUUCGCUGUAGCCUAGGAAUCGUAUAUUUUUUAGCACUUCCGGUGCGAAACGUGACAAAAUGGGACCUUCGAACAUUACCAAUAGGAAAUUGAAGGAUAAUGUAACAGCCAAAUCUAAAUUUAAAAAUGGAACUGUAAAUAAAACACACCAGUUGGAUACACCCAAGGUCUCACGCGCUUUGGCAGAGACACUCAGGAGUUGUCCUGACAGAGAGGGUACUCCCCCUCGGUCAGAACAAGUCCUGGCUGCCCCCACAGUGUUUGGGGCCGAGGGUGGGAGUUUAAAUUCCAGGCCACAAGAUAACACAUCAGACGUGAUUGUCGUCCAACAUCAAUAUGCUGAUACUGUACCCGUUUCAUCAAAAGCUUCCAACCCUCAUCCUACCAUACAGGGAGGUGCAAUAGACCAAGUAAUGGCAAUGCUAACUACCAUCCAACAAAGCCAAGAUAAGUUCCAAAAACAUCAGGAGUCUUUGCAGUCAUCCCUAGAUAGCAUCCAUACUAAGAUGGUUGAACAAGAAAAUAGGAUUAUAGAGAAAGUCAACACUAAAAUUGACAACCUUAAAACUGAAACUACUAAGGAAGUAGACUCCCUCCGAACUAAUCUCCAAUCACAAAUAAACAAUUUAGAGUCUGCCUUUAAAGCCUCUACUGAACAGGUGGAAUGUGUUAACAUUGUAAUAAAAAACAUUGAAGAAUCACUUAAUGAAAAUUGUGAAACCAAAAUAAAUGAACUUUUGAAGGAUGGUCUCAAGCUUGAUGCAAGUGUUGUUUCAGCUACCCGUCAAACAAAGCGUGAAGGCUCGAAAUACCCUGGCCUUAUUAUUGCAAAAGUGUGUAAACAAGAUAAACAUAGAAUCAUGAAAAAUAAAAAAUCCCUUAAAAACAGUGCUAAAUAUGCAAAAGUCUACCUCGAGGACUUCCAAACCCAGGAAUUACGUAAAAUGAACUAUAAUAUGAGAACAGUAUUAUCUGCUGCUGGAAAAGAAAACCAAUUUGUAUUGCGAAAUGGAGUUUUCCAAAAGAAACUGCAGUCCACCAUUCCUAAUGUCAACAAAUAG